AUGACUGUUGCUGGAUUGAUGCGCCAAUACCAAGUGGUCGGCCGCCACGCCGCCAACGAGGAACACCCCAACCCCGAGGCCUACCGCAUGAUCAUCUUUGCCCCCAACCCGACGAUCGCCAAGUCUAAAUUCUGGUACUACAUGCACCAGUUCCGCAAGAUGAAGAAGACGACGGGUGAAAUCCUGGACUGCGUCGAGCUCGUGGAGAAGAACAGCCGCAUCGUCAAGAACUACGGCAUUUGGUUGCGUUACUCUUCCCGCUCGGGAACGCACAAUAUGUACCGCGAGUUCCGGGAUGUCAAGCUCACCGGCGCCGUCUCGCAACUCUACGACGAAAUGGCUGGCCGACACCGUACCCGCCCCCGCUCCAUACAAAUCAUCCGCACGGCACAGGUCGCCGCCAAGGACCUCCUCCGCGUCAACCCCACACAGUUCGCCAAGGCCAAGGUCCAGUUCCCCCUGCCGCACCGCGUCGCCAGCGGAAAACGCGGACAAAAGGCGCUUUCCGACCGAACCUACUCCACCGUGCGUCCCACCACCUUUUUUGGUUAA